ACACCAGGCCGCGCCUGCCUACUACUACCACCGGAACCGGACGCGCCACUUGCCCACCCCCCUCGUGCCCGCAGCGCUGCGUGCGCUUCCCUUUCCCACCGUCCCUUUCGCCCCGCACCCUGUCGGAGACCGACGCUCCUCCCCCUCCCCUCCCCUCCCUUCCUCCUCGCCACGCGCCUCGGCGUCGCCUCCACUCCUCCUCCUCCUCCCCGUCACUCCCCUCGGCCGCCCUCUUCCGUGCGGAGGCGGCAACCUGUGACGCCCCAAAGUCGGCGCACCUGCUCCCACUGGGAAAGUAGCCGUUGCGGCGUCGCAUUUAUAGCGACCGCCAGGCGUCACGAUGGCCGCGCCCCGGCGGUGAGGACGAGGAGGAGCGCGCUCGGUGGGUGGAGAUGCCGCUGGUCAGGUUCGAGGUGCGGAAUGAGGUCGGGCUCGGGGACCCCGGGCUGUACGGCGGCGCGGGAGCCGGCAAGAGAGGCGGCGUUGCCGGCGCCGCCGGGGAGGCCGAGCCCAAGGCGCUGCUCGAGGGCGUCGCCGUCGCGGGCCUCGUCGGGAUCCUGCGCCAGCUCGGAGAUCUCGCGGAAUUUGCAGCAGAUGUUUUUCAUGACCUACAUGAGCAAGUUAUAACUACAUCGGCUAGGGGGCGUAAGGUACUGACUCGAGUACAAAACAUUGAAGCAGCACUUCCGUCUCUUGAAAAAGCUGUGAAGAAUCAGAAGAGCCAUAUACAUUUUGCUUAUGUACCAGGCUCUGACUGGCACACACAACUUCAAAACGAGCAAAAUCAUCUCCUAUCCAGUGAUUUGCCUCGGUUUAUGAUGGAUUCCUAUGAAGAAUGUCGAGACCCUCCACGACUUUACCUUCUCGACAAAUUCGAUAAUGCUGGUGCUGGGGCUUGUUUGAAGAGAUAUUCUGACCCAUCAUACUUCAAGAAAUCAUGGGAUGUGAUGAGAGCAGACAAGACUGCACAUCUCCAAAAAGAAAGGAAAUCUCAUAAAAUCAAGAGAAAAGGAUCACGCCUAAAAGAACCAUAUCAUGGACAAGCCACAUCCAGGUAUAGGAAUGGUGAAUUGCAGCGCGCACUCACUGCUGUUCAACUUACCAGCAGCAGGCAGUGUGCAUCUCCCAGCAUGGAUGGCCGGAGUUUUUCAGAGCAUAGAUCUACAUCUGAUGCAAGAUCCAACCCUGACAAUAUAAGCAGAUCUUCUUCAUUCAGUUCAAAGGCACGACUAAGUUUUGCAGAACAAGCUUCAGAUACAAAACCUUCUGUAGUUCCUCAUGAGAAUGGUCAUGGCAAGCUGUCAAAUACUGAUACGCACAAGCUUAAUGAUGGCUCUUCUCCCAUCUUGCUUAGCGGGAACAGGGAAGAUGAUCUGGGUGAUGAUUCGAAGCAAGGUUCCCUGUCAGAUGAGAUGAAUGCUAGGUCACCUUCUGUUGAAUGGCAUGAAAAGACUGCAAUUGUUAUGACUACAAGUUCUGUCUACUGUGAUGAUGUUGUCAUGGACAGGGCUGAAAGUGCAGAAACUAAACAUAUUAAGCCCGUGCAGCGAGAAUUUGAUCAUAGUGAGAUGGAGACCUUGGAGCAGCAGGGGGCCUUACUUCAGAAGGCAAAGUUGUUACUAUCAUCAGGCUUAAACCACCGUGAUGAAGUCCCCAGUGAAACAGAUAACUACAUGGAUGCACUUAACACACUUGAAUCCGAGACAGAGACUGAAGUUGACUUUCAAACUAAAAAACAAGGGAAGCUAGUACAUUCCUUCAAUGCUCAUGCACCUCAAAUAGAGUCGGCAGAUAAUAUCGUCUCACAGCUUCCUGAUUCUUCUCCCGCUGAGUUUCCUGAUACAAGUCCAAAUUCCAGAAUGUUACAUACUUUUGAAAGAACUGCCAAUUUCCCCAGUUUGUCAAGUGCAGAUGCUCCGGAUAUUUCACAGCAUACAUUGUCAGGUUAUACAGAUAUACAUCCUAAUGAAUGGUCAUCUGUUACCACCAUCCCUGAGAAUAAUGCAAAUGAGGCUGCUGGAGACCCCACUGAAAUUUCAGAACCGGCACUGCAAGCAUAUACAGCUACACCACCCAAUCAAAGCCCCCCUCAUGCAAAUGACAUUCCUGAGAGUAAGGCAGAAGUUGCCCCCAGAGAUUCUCCUGAGAUUUCAAAACCAGGGCUGUCAACCUAUGCAGUUUUUCCUCCCAACAAGGAGUCUGUUGUCAAUCAGAUCCCUGAGAAUAAUGUAGAAGAUGCGUUAGAAGAUGGUACCGUUGAAAGCACUAGUUGUCUUGUACCGGAACCUGCGAUUUCUUUUGCUCCAACUAGUGAGGCAUCUCCUGCAAAAAUCUUACCUGGUGAUACCACCGGUAACUCUGUAAUUUCAGAAAAGAGUCCUCAGGAUUAUCCUGGAGAAAAUCAUCAGGAAUUUGGUGGCUGUGGCAUGGCUGAAGUGUCUAAUUCACAGACCAUGCCUUUGAACGAGUCAUCAGAGAAUGGAUCUGCAACCCAACACCUUCCCACACAUGCUCCUACUAGUUCUGUAGAAUUAUCCUCUGUUAAGCUCUGGACAAAUGCUGGGCUCUUCGGACUUGAACCGUCUAAGCCUCCAGUUGGCAUAUGUCCUGGUUCUGCAAGCCAAAGCUACUCAGAGACUAAUCAAUCAGCCAUAAGAACACCUGAUGCAGUUUAUGGUCAAACAGACCGGCCCUCAGAUUCUUCCACAUAUUUCGAGCACAGGGAGCACAAAAAUUUGAAUGGCAAGCAAGCUUCAAUAAGUGAGCUCCUAGAAUCUGAAGGUAAUGCUGAAAAUGGUGCUGGAACAUACUCUGGCACUGACUUGGCUGGAAGGAAUAACUUGGACGUGGUGUCUGCAUCAAGCUUCUCGAGCAUUGCACAAAGAUUCCUUGCCAAUACACUUCAGAGAAGAACUUCUCCCAAAUAUAAUGAUCUCCCUAUCUCAUCUGGGAGAGUGAACACUGAUGCAAAUGGGUUUGAUGACGCUACUGUAAAUUCUACUCUUGCACCAAAGGAAGCAGUAUUUGAGGCAUCUCAGUUUGAGAAGAAAGCAGAUAAUGGCAUGGACGGACUGCCCAAGUCAUCAAUCUUCUCUAGUCGCCAUUACUCUGAGAAAUCAUCUCCGCCACUAGAGCAUAUGAAAAUAUCCUUUCACCCCAUGAGUGCAUUUGAAACGUCAAAAUUGAACCUAGAUUUCUCUGAUGGCAACCUUCAUGAAAAUGUUGAUGAUAUGAUGUUACCAACAUUUCAGUUACUUCCAGGGUCUUCUGUCCCACAGCCCGGUAGUGGUUCUGAAUCAGAAGAUGACACCUUUGGUAGAUCUUAUAGUUAUUCUUCAUAUGAUGAUCUAAGUCCACGUUUAUAUUCAAACUCUGAGUUGUGGGAUCAAGAAGAUGGAAUUGGAUUGGAGGAUCAUGAGCUGUAUAAUGAUUCAAAUCAGAUAGGAUCCUCCACAACACCUGUCUCUAGCUAUAUGGGAUUCGAGCAGAUGAACUUAUCUGGUGAGAAGUCCACUGUUUCACUUUCAGAUAUUGGAGAUCAUAAUGGACUCGGCUUGUUAGAAUCCCAUCCUGCUGGAGAACUUCCGAACUUUGACACUUUGAUGUCAACAAGUAAUCUUCAAAAUGGAGAUGCGCUCAUUCCACAUAAUCCAGUCAAUUUAUCACCAGAUGAAGAUCAGAUGCCGCCGCCGCCUCCUCUUCCCCCAAUGCAGUGGAGGACAAUGAGACAAACAACUUCCCUGGAUGAAGAAAGAGACUCUACAGCUAAAGACAUACUUAAGAAUGCCUCAAGUCUACCACCUGUACACACUCCUGUGCAGGAACAACAUCUUCCGCCGUGUGCACCACCAUUUCCACAAGGAAAUGUCAAGGAAGUGAACCAUCAGAAAGUUGAUGUGAUCAAAGAAACGAGUAAUCUUCCUAAUAUAUUUGAGAUCGAAUCAAGCUUGCUUCAGCAAAUCAGGGAUAAGCCAGAUCUGCACAAGCUGAAUGGACAUGAAAAGCCCAAAGCAGUAUUCAAUGAUGUUAACAGUUUGGAUGAAAGGGGGGAGUUGCUUCAGCAAAUCAGGAGCAAGACAUUCAACUUAAGACGAACAAAUGGAUCUAAGACAAACACCUCAUCACAGUCAACCGAGUCCACUGCCAAUUCCAGCGUUGUAGCAAUUUUGGAGAAGGCGAAUGCAAUCCGGCAGGCUGUGGCCAGUGAUGAGGGAGGUGAUGAUGAUAACUGGAGUGAUAUCAACUGAGAAUGCAUAUGACAAUCCUUUUCUGUAUAUGCAACUAGUACAAGAUGAAGAGUGAAAAUGUGAAUAACACCUUUUUCUUCAUUGUAAUUAGAUAUUGUAGCUCUGCUUUUUUUAAACCUUUUUUUUAGUUCAUGGUAGUGUAUCUUAGAUCCCUGUGGUUGUAGAGAUGUUAAAUCAUUUCCACAUCAUGUAAAUUUAUCUUAUUAUUUAUUAAUGGUAGUGAUAUGGACUAAUAAAGUAAGUAUGUUUAGCUAUC